CAAUCACACGAGAGACACGCGGAAAGGAGGGGCAAGAACUGGGCGGGGAGGGGGCUGGCAGCCCCGAGCGCGGUGCGGAGACGCAAGGAACGACGCCCCUGAGCAGAGGGUCCCAAGUGGGGUGGGGGCAGCGUCGGGAGGCAUGUGGCCCCGUUAUCCGUGGUUGCCGUCCCCAGAGCCCGCUCCGGCCGGCCUGAGAAAGCCGGGGGGCGGGGGGGGGGGCGUGCAGCUUAGGCGCGUUUUUGCAAAACUCUUUCCAUCGCUUUUUGUCCCCGGGCACCCGGAACCAGAGGGCCACACCCCCGGGCACGCCGGCACGUCUCGAGUCCGCUAGCAGCGCCCGCGGGACGCGUCCCCCCAGACAGCCCUCCGGACGGGCCUCACACGCCCCCCAAACGUCAGCCCGCACCCCGCGGGAGCCGAAGGGCAGAGCAGCGCCCCGGCCUGGGGGCGGGCAGGCGGCGCGCGCCCUCCAAUCCCGGGCCCGGGCCGAGAAGGGCCGCCUCCUUAUUGCCCAAUCACAGCUCGGCGGGAGAUCGACGCGCGGCUCCCCCAAUCAGCGCGGAGGCGCGAAGGGCCCGUCGGGACCGGGGGCCGGGCCAACAUGGCCGCUCGGGUGCGAUCCGGGUGAGGCUGCCGUUGCCGGCCGCUCCCGCGCCGCCGCCGCCGCCCCGUCAUGUUGGUGCACUUAUUGCGGGUGGGGAUCCGGGGGGGCUCCGCCCCAGGCAGGCCGCUGCACGCCCUCCGCCUCCAGACAUUCUCGGCCGUCAGGUGCCCGGAUGGCGGCCCCGGCUCCCGCCUGCUCAGGGCGGCGGCCCACCUGCGCGCCCAGCUCCCGGCCCGCCCGCCCGCCAGCCCCCGCGCCUGGCGCUGGCUGGGGGCGCUGCUGCUCGGCCCCGUGCUGCUGCCCAGGGGCCCGAGGCUCUACCUGGUGGCCCGGUGCGAGGCCGACGAGGCCCCCCUGGCCCCGGCCAGGCGCGGCGUGGCCGAGCCCCGCUUCAACUGGAGGCUCUUCUGGCAGUUUCUGCGCCCCCACCUGCUCGUCCUGGGGGCGGCCGUCGUGAUGGCCCUGGGCGCGGCGCUGGCCAACGUGCAGAUCCCCCUGCUCCUGGGCCAGCUGGUGGAGAUCGUGGCCAAAUACACGCGGGAGCACGCGGGCAGCUUCCGGGCCGAGUCCCGCAGCCUCAGCGCCCACCUGCUGCUGCUCUACGGCCUCCAGGGCCUGCUGACCUUCGGGUACCUGGCGCUGCUGUCGCGCAUGGGCGAGCGCAUGGCCGUGGACAUGCGGGGCCGUCUCUUCGGCAGCCUGCUACGGCAGGACAUUGCUUUCUUCGAUGCUAAAAAGACCGGGCAGCUGGUGAGCCGGCUGGCCACCGACGUGCAGGAAUUUAAAUCCUCCUUUAAGCUGGUCAUCUCCCAGGGCCUGCGGAGCUGCACGCAGGUGCUGGGCUGCCUGGUGUCCCUGUCCCUGCUGUCCCCGCGCCUCACGCUGCUGCUGAUGGUGGCCACGCCGGCCCUCAUGGGCGCCGGCACGCUCAUGGGCUCCGCGCUCCGCAGGCUGUCGCGCCAGAGCCAGGAGCAGAUCGCCCGGGCCACGGGGGUGGCCGACGAGGCCCUGGGCAACGUGCGCACAGUGCGGGCCUUCGCCAUGGAGCCCUGGGAAGAGGCACGCUAUGGGGAGGAGCUGGAGGCCGCCUGCCGCAAGGCCGAGGCCCUGGGCCAGGGCAUCGCCCUGUUCCAAGGCCUCUCCAACGUCGCCUUCAACUGCAUGGUCCUGGGCACCCUCUUCGUCGGGGGCUCCCUCGUGGCUGGACAGCAGCUCAGAGGAGGCGACCUCAUGUCCUUCCUGGUGGCCUCCCAGACUGUGCAGAGGUCCAUGGCCAACCUCUCCGUGCUCUUCGGGCAGGUGGUCCGGGGGCUCAGUGCCGGCGCCCGGGUCUUUGAGUACAUGACGCUGCAGCCCUGCAUCCCCCUCUCGGGGGGCCACUGCGUCCCCCGGGGCCAGCUGCGGGGCGCCAUCUCCUUCCAGGACGUCUCCUUCAGCUACCCCUGCCGGCCCGGCUUCCCUGUGCUGCAGGACUUCUCCCUCACGCUGCCCCCGGGCAAGACGGUGGCCCUGGUGGGCCAGUCCGGGGGAGGGAAGAGCACAGUGGCCGCACUGCUGGAGCGCUUCUAUGACCCCACGGCGGGCCGGGUCACGCUGGACGGCUGGGACCUGCGCGUCCUUGACCCCUCCUGGCUGCGGGGCCAGGCCAUCGGCUUCAUCAGCCAGGAGCCGGUGCUGUUCGGCACCACCAUCAUGGAGAACAUCCGCUUCGGCAAGCCGGAGGCCACGGACGAGGAGGUGUACGCGGCCGCCCGCGAGGCCAACGCCCACGAGUUCAUCAGCAGCUUCCCGGACGGCUACGGCACCGUCGUGGGUGAGCGGGGCGCCACGCUGUCGGGGGGCCAGAAGCAGCGCCUGGCCAUCGCCCGCGCCCUCAUCAAGCAGCCGGCCGUGCUGAUCCUGGACGAGGCCACCAGCGCGCUGGACACCGAGUCGGAGCGGGUAGUGCAGGACGCCCUGGACCGGGCCAGCGCCGGCCGCACCGUGCUGGUCAUCGCGCACCGGCUCAGCACUGUCCGCGGGGCCCACCACAUCGUGGUCAUGGCGCAUGGCCGCGUCUGUGAGGCCGGCACCCACGAGGAGCUGCUGAAGAAGGGCGGGCUCUACGCUGACCUCGUCCGCAGACAGGCCCUGGACGCCCCGCCCCCCGGCCCCCCUGACGGCGCUGGGGACCCUCGCCCCGAGUCCUGAGCACAGCCGGGGCCGAGUCCGCAGGCUUCUCCCUGGACACGGAAACUGCCCGCCGCUGGCCUGGGGGACCCGCCUGCCGCCAGAGCCGCUCCGCGUGCUGGGGCAGGGGCCCAGGGGCGCAGGGUGGCCAGACAGCCCCGGGCCUGGGGAGUGGCCAGUGCUGACAAGGCCCUGGAGCUGCUCCUGGACUCAGCUCCUGCGCGCCCCCCCCUCGUCCCCCUGGCCUGUCCCAGACAGCUGCCGCUCUGCAGCCCAGCUCGCACCCUGAGCACGCCUGCCAGGCCCAGGUGGACGACUGAGUCCCAGCUAGCCCGACUGGCACAGGGACGCUGGGGCCGUCACUCCCAGACGGAGCACCCGAGGCUGCACGCACCCAGCGGGGGGCCGGCCCUGAGGACCAGAGGCGCAAUCUCAGAGGCUCCCUGGAGGCAGUGUCCCCAGUCAGCACAGGCUCGCCCCAGCCGAGUCCUGCCCCGCGCCCUGCAGCCUCCUGUGCUCCCACGGCCAGUCCCAUUUGGGUUCUGACCCAAAACUUUGCCCCCGUCGACCACGUCCAGGACAAGGACUGUCUGGCGACUCCGACGCCAGCCGUGUGCCAGAACUGCAUCCCGGGGCAGCCCGAGAGAGACACAGGCAUGGAGCCAGGGCCGGGUGCGGGACCCGGAGGGCGCUCAGCUGCUCCGGAGACCACGGGCCUGGGCUCCGUCACAGCCGCCACUGCCAAGAAGCCAAGCGUGGGGCCAGCUCUGGCCCUGGGCUGCUCCCUGCACACCUCCCCCAGGCAGCCGGCCGGGCCUGGCACCUGGAUGUGAGCCCAGCACCAGGCUCCAGGCCUCCCCCCGCCUUUCCGAGGGGGCCCCAGAGCCUGCCAGCCCCGAGCCCAGGACAGCCACCGCGAACCCUGAGCCAGGCCCGCCCUUCCGGUGCUGAGCGCCUGCUCCGCAGCCCUGCGACGGGCCCUCAGCCCGGCGGCUCCUAAUCCCCGAAGCUCCUUUGAGGAGUCUGAACGGGAUAAUCUGUGUCGAGUCUUAGCCCUCGCGCUCUCACCUGGAAGCCAGGUGGGCGGCCCCGAAUAAACCACGUCCAUCCAGCCUUGCCUC